ACAAUGCCUAUAGGCGAAAUCAUUCUCGCUACUUUUAUUAAGGUGUUGUUUGAGAAGUUGGCCUCAAUUGACCUACUGAACUUUGCUCUUCGGGAGCAAGUUUAUACUCUCUUCAAGAGAUGGAGUGGAGAAUUAACUGAAAUUCAGGCAUUCUUGGAUGAUGCGGAGGAGAAACAAAUAGAAAAUAAAACCGUGAAAAUGUGGCUGGAGGAUCUCACAGACCUAGCUUAUGAUCUGGAUGACAUACUGGACAAGUUUGCCAUUGAAGCUUUGCAGCGUAAGUUAACAGCAAAGUCCCAAGCAACUAGGACAAGCAAGAGCAAGCUACGAGCCAUGAUACCUACAUGUUGUAAAGGAUUCACUCCAACAAUUGUUUUGUCCAAUUUUAUGAAGAGUUCCACUUCCAAGAUAGAGGAAAUCACUGCCAGAUUGCAGAGUAUUUUUGAAAGAGGAAGUCGACUUGGUUUACAAAACAUUGUUGCAGGAGAAUCUACUAAAGCUUGGCACGGACCACCAUCCAUAUCAUCUUUCAUACAUGAACAUUGUAUAUAUGGCAGGGACAAGGAGAAAAAAUACAUAAUUGAUUUUCUCUUAAGGGAUGAGUCAAAUGAUAGCAAAGUAGGUGUAAUUCCCAUUGUUGGUAUGGGUGGGCUUGGCAAGACCACCCUUGCACAGAUGGUAUACAACGAUGAAGUGGUGAACAAGCAUUUUGAUUUGAAAGCAUGGGUCUGUGUUCCUGAUGAAUUUGAUACUAUGAGAAUAUCAAAAGUAAUUCUUGAAUCUAUUACUUCCAAGGCUUGUGAAUUUAAAGAAUUGAAUCAAGUUCAAGUUCAGUUAAAGCAGAAUUUGAUUGGAAAGAAGAUUUUAAUCAUUUUAGAUGGUGUAUGGGACAAGAAAUACAAUGAUUGGAACGUUUUGAAGGGCCCCUUUAAUGAUGGAGUCCUAGGAACUAAGAUAAUUGUAACAACUCGUGACAAAGAUGUUGCAUCGAUUAUGGGAACCAUUCCAAACCAUUUACUACAACGUCUAUCGGAUGAUGAUUGUUGUUCAGUGUUUGAACAACAUGCCUUUAGGAAUAGAAGCAUGGAUGCAAAUCCAAAUUUGGUGUCUAUUGGUAGGAAAAUUGUGGGAAAAUGUAAAGGUUUGCCUUUGGUUGCUAGGACACUCGGUGGCCUUUUACGGUGCAAAGAAAGAGACAAUGAGUGGGAAAUUGUAUUGAAUAGUAAAAUAUGGGAUUUAAUAGAACAAGGCAAUGAAAUCCCCCCAGCUUUGAGAUUAAGCUACCAUCAUCUCCCUUCGCAUUUGAAGCGGUGCUUUGCAUAUUGUUCUAUACUGCCAAAGGACUAUGAAUUUGAGGAGGAGGAGUUAGUCUUCUUGUGGAUGGCAGAAGGCCUUCUUCAGGAACAAAAUGGAAAGAAGCGAAUGGAAGAUUUAGGAGUUGAAUAUUUUCAUGAAUUGUAGUCCAGGUCUUUUUUCCAACCAUCAAGUGGUGGUGAAAGCUCGAAAUUUGUGAUGCAUGACCUCAUCAAUGAUUUGGCUCAGUCAGUUGCAGGUUAUACUUGUUUUAGAUUGGAGGAUAAAUUGAAGGAUCAGGAGCAAUGUAGAAAAUUGAAGAGUGCUCGACAUUCAUCUUACAUGCAAAGCGCAUUUGAUGUAAUCAAAAAGUUUGAAACUUUUUACGAAGCCGAGAAUGUAAGGACCUUCUUACCCUUGUCCUUAGAUAAAGAUGAAUCUUGUUAUUUGAUGAGCAAUGUUUCCCUUAAUUUGUUGCCAAAGAUAAAACGCUUAAGGGUGUCGAGUUUAAAUAGAUAUCACAUUGGCGAACUUAUUCCAAAAUCAAUUGGAGAUUUGAAACAUUUGCGAUAUCUUAACUUUUCCUACACCAGAAU